UUCGUUGCUUGAUGAGUACUGAAGUUGCAACGGUUUGUGUUGAAUUUUUAAUAAUAUCUACAACGUAUUUGUUUCGGUUUAUAACAAUGGAAGAGUCAGGAAAGAAUUUGGGUAUUUUGAAACGAAUCAGUGGCAUCGAUGUAAGUCGAUUGUGGCUUCUGCAUGAUGAAUCGUUUAAAGAAUUUUUCGAUUGGUUUGGUCAAUCUGUUGAUGAGGACAAUUUAAUCACAGACAGUCUUCUGAGAGAAUACGGUACACUAGAGAAUGACGGUUUGGUGUUAUCUGAUGAGGAGGUGCAGAGGGAAUUGAAAAUCUUAGAGCAGGACUAUCCAAACAUAUUAGUAAACAAGGACAGUGAUGUGCAAGUUUAUGAGGAGAAACUGGAACAGCUAAUGGCAAUCGAAGAGGAGUACGAGCGGCUCAUAGCCGAUGCCAAGAAAACAGAAAUAUCUCUUACUAGAGAACUUUCCGAUUUGGAGCUAAAAAUUAUCGAUGCAGAAUUCAAUCAAGGGCAAGUGUUCUCCGAGUGCACGGAUAAAGCUACUUUCCUGAAUGAUAUCCAAUCGAGUACUCAACAACAGAUCUUUGAAAUGCAUCAGUGCUAUGUUUCGAAACAAAAUCCACCCCUCUUCAUAUACCAAAUGCCGAUUGAGCAGUUCAAUAUGAAAUGUGAUCAAUUUCUAAAGUAUCUGGAGAUGUACAUAAGAAGGCAUUUUUCUGUUAGAAAGCUGGACGAUAGCGAUCACGAUCUAGACUACUGUCAAGACCAUCGAGAUUCUGUUGUGCAGUUGGAAAGUAUUAAAGCGAGAUUAAAUUUAGGCGAACUAAAACUGCUCGAAGUGAAGAAGGAAUACCAUGGCCUUAGUAAGAUGAUGGAUCGUAUUCAUGAUUUGUGCUGGCAGCCGAUGAAAAUAUCGGCAAUGAGAAAAAUGUGCACGGAACUGACUUGUGCAAACGAACAGGACCGGUUACGUAUCGACGUGAUGAAGCAGGAGUUGGAAAUGUAUGUGCGGCAAUCGAACGAACAACGUAUCGAAGGUAUUCUGUACGAAAACACUAAACUUAAACUCGAUCGUGCUGUAAGUCGGUUGGAGUACAUUAAGAAACUGGCUGAAAUUAUCUCCCGCGCUUUGAUGAACGCCGAAAUGCUAUGGGUCUGCAUGCAUUUAGACCUGGAAAAGAUAAAAAACAAGUUCGAUAACAGUGAUGAACUAAACUCGGAAACGCAAAGGUGUCUGAAACGGAUUGAAGCAUUAAAUGCAGUGGAAAAAAAUCACACUUACGAGGAAGCAUACGAGGAGUUUGUGGCACAAUUUUCGGCUCUCCUUGGUUCUCUUAACCUCAAUCACUCGAGUGGAGAUCGGUCGAUUAGUUUGAAAAACUGUGUUCAGGAUUUCGCGGAUUAUAGGACUCGGGUUUUUAAGAACUUACAGUCGGUUGUAGGCGGGAAGUACUACAAAAAUAUGAACGAUUUAAUGGAAGAUCUAGAGCAGUGCGAAUUGCAGCUUUUGAAAUACGUUUAUGAUGGACCCGUUAAUGGGCCACAGUUCUUUGAUCAGCAGUAUCAGGAACGAAUACAGCGAUUAGAUUUCGAUAUGAAACAAAUAGAGAACGCUCUAAAAACCCUCAAGACUGAUUAUCAACAAAACAUCAACGAGCCUAAGAAUAAUGAGAAAUUUUGGCGAUACAGGCAAAACUUGUGGGUGUGGUUCUUGACCGAGCCAAAAAAAGUCGCGAUUGCCAUUAAAGAAGUUACAGCGGCUGCUACACAGAUGGCGGCAUAUAAAAGUAUUUCUGGUAUCAAGUGUAAGUCUAUGGUCGAUGAUAUGAAAUUUUAACCAUUGUGAUAAUAGUUAUUUUUUUACUUUUUCGAAUAAAAUUCUUAUCUUUGUAA